GUUAAAUACCCGUGAUAUCAACUUAUUGUUGACUGUUAUGUGUGCUCGGGUGAGAGGACGGCGAGCAAACCUAUAGCCAUGAAAACCAACGGUGUUUCGGUCGUAAUUCUGUCUAUCUCUGCGCUCAUUGUGCUCGCUAAAGAUAGUUCAGCUAAACCGAAUAUCUUCACAGAUCUACCCAGCAGGGAGCAAGUUUUGUUGGCUAAACAGCUUCAUCUGUACAAAAUAAAUUCUACAUAUGCUGCCCUCUACCGGAAAACUUUUGGCUCAUUAGGUCAACAUGCCAAAGAAAGUGUCGGCGCAGAUUUUGCUUGUCCGAGACUCAGUCCAUCUCCCACACUACCCACUUCAGUGCACAGUUUGAGACCAUCAGACGUCAAGGUUAUUGCCGCUAUAGGGGACUCGUUGUCUGCUGGUCGCGGAGCAGACAAUGGAAUCAUUGGAUUACUUGUGGACUAUCGUGGAUUGUCUUGGAGUAUAGGAGGUGACAAAUCGUACAACAAAAUGAUAACCUUACCAAACAUUCUACGAGAGUACAACUCAGGACUGUUUGGCUAUUCUGAAGGCUCCGGAGACUCAAGGGCGCGGUUAAAUGUGGCAGAGUCUGGUGCUAAAGCCAGAGAUGCUCUAGGACAAGCUCAACGAUUGGUCAGUCUCAUGAAAGAAAGUUCCGAUGUGGAUUUUAACAACGACUGGAAGGUCAUCACUCUGUUCAUAGGUGGCAAUGACCUGUGUGAUUGGUGCCAGGAUACGAAUGAAUACAGUGUUGAGAAGUACGCCGCACACUUGCAAGAAACGUUGGACUAUCUCCACGCAAACGUGCCCCGAGCCUUCAUCAAUCUGGUAGAGGUCCUCAACAUAGAGAUAGUCAGGGACCUAGCCGACAAUCUUCUGUGCUCCGCCAUUCACUUUUUUGCCUGUGACUGUGCCGCCAAUCCAGACAAUCAAGGCGACCUCGAGCAACUGAUCCGUCUCAGGGAAAGCUACCAGCAGGCGGCUCGUGACCUGGCAGCCUCGGGGCGUUACGACACAAGAGAUGAUUUCACGGUUGUUCUUCAGCCAUUUUACAGGGAGACUUUCCUGCCAAGAACGGAGUCGGGUGAUGUUGACAUGUCCUAUUUUGCCAGUGACUGUUUCCACCACAGCAUCAAAGGUCAACAGGCCGCGGCCUCGGCCUUAUGGAAUAAUAUGAUUGAGCCAAUUGGGUCUAAACGAUUGACUUGGAUGCCAGGGGAGCCAAUCGAAUGUCCAACCGAGGCCUUUCCCUAUUUCUACACUUCCAAAAAUAGCGCCAAAGUUGCUCAACCGAAUCACUGAUUUCAACAAAAUUCAAGUUGACAAAAGUUCAUGGCCAAACGAUAUUAUUAUGUUAAGUGAAUAUUAACGUUUGAUAUUAGUAUGUUACUUGUUACAGUAAUAAACCAACGUGCAAUAGUCUCAA